UAUUUCAGUGGUGUUCGUACUAGUAUUGUGCAGGGCAGGAGAUGGCACAUUGCCAGAAAGGUUAUCAAGUGCGGACUUUGACAUGUCCGGAUGUGUCCUCAGACAUAAAUUUGGGAAUUUGGUUCUCGCACUGUUUUUCCGGGUGUAAGAUCAAUUACCUGUAAUAUGGGUGAAGUGACAUCUCGGAAAAGUAUACCCGCGCAUUAAUGGUGAUGACGAUAGAUUGCAGUGCUUGCUUAUCUGUAUUUUGUAUUUAAGUGAUCCAACAGUAAUCAGUAAAUUUCCCAAUAUUUCAGACUGAUUUAUCUGUUGAAUGACGUGAUCCGCUAUACGCGCUAUACAUCCGUUGAGGUUAGGCACGACUUCAUUUCUGCCACAUAUAAUUCUUAACCUUGGAGAUUGAAAUUAGUGACAUUGCGUUAAAAUUAUAAGCACAACCAUGGCUGGAAGCAAUCUGUUACUUUCUGUGCGGUACCUUAUCGCGCGCAACGUUAUCCCACUAAAUGAAUGUGCAAACAGACCGAUCGUACUAUUUCGAGAUACCGGAGCAAUUUCACCUCAUUUUCCUCGCACCAUGGCGACAGUCAACAGCUUGGGCGGCGACGAUUCCAACAAGUGCGCGAAAUCUAAACGAUGUGUGACGCUAGAAACAUUAAAUCCAUGCAUAAAAGAAAUGCAAUAUGCUGUUAGAGGGCCACUUGUUAUUCGUGCAUCGGAAAUCGAAAAGGAAUUGGAAAAGGGUGUCAAGAAACCAUUUACUGAAGUUAUUAAAGCUAACAUUGGUGACUGCCAUGCCAUGGGACAGGUGCCUAUUACAUUUAUUAGGCAGGUGCUUUCUCUGGUCUCUUAUCCAGUAUUAUUUGAUGAUCCUAAGUAUCCCAGUGAUGUGAAGUGUCGAGCAAAAGAAAUUCUGGCUGGUUGCAGAGGUAGCAGUGUUGGGUCAUAUUCUGAUUCUCCGGGAAUUGAAAUUAUCAGGAGACAUGUAGCUGAAUACAUAGAGAGGAGAGAUGGUAUUCCAAGCUGUUGGGAGAAUGUUAUUUUGUCAGCUGGUGCCUCUGAAGGCAUAAAGUCAGUGAUGAAGUUAUUGAUAGCAGAAGUAAAUGGGAAGAGACCUGGUGUCAUGAUUCCAAUUCCUCAGUAUCCAUUGUACUCUGCUACUCUUUCUGAAUUUAACAUGGCGCAGGUACCAUAUUACCUUGAUGAAGACAAGGGCUGGGGCUUAGAUGUAACUGAACUGAAACGGUCCAUAGCUGAGGCUAGAAAAGUGUGUAACCCUCGUGCCAUUGUGGUUAUCAAUCCUGGAAAUCCAACUGGCCAGGUUCUUUCAAGAGAAAAUAUUGAAGAAAUAAUCAAGUUUGCACACCAGGAGGGAUUAUUUGUUUUUGCUGAUGAGGUGUACCAGGACAACGUAUAUGCAAAGGGGAGCAAAUUUCAUUCAUUUAAGAAGGUUAUGAUGCAAAUGGGGCCACCUUAUUGUGAAAUGGAGCUGGCUUCUUUCAUGUCUGCAUCAAAAGGGUACAUGGGUGAGUGUGGUCUUAGAGGAGGUUACUGUGAACUGAUUAACCUUGACCCAGAAGUGAAAGCAAUGUAUUUAAAAAGCAUUAGUGCUGCAUUAUGUCCUACUGUCCUUGGACAGACUGUGAUAGACUGCAUAGUGAAACCACCUCAGCCAGGAGACUCGUCAUACGAGCAGUAUGCAGCAGAAAAGAAAUGUAUCUUAGAAUCACUUGCUGUGAGAGCCAAAAUGGUUGAGGAAACAUUCAACAGUGUAAAAGGGAUGUCUUGCAACACAGUACAGGGUGCCAUGUAUGCAUUCCCACAGUUAAAACUUCCAGAAAAAGCAAUACAGGCAGCCAAACAAAAGAAUUUACCACCAGAUGCGUUCUAUGCAUUUGAGUUAUUGGAAAAUACAGGAAUCUGUAUUGUGCCUGGUUCUGGAUUUGGACAAAAACCAGGAACUUAUCAUUUCAGAACUACUAUUUUGCCACAGCCAGAUAAACUGAAGAGCAUGAUGGACAAAUUCAAGGCCUUCCAUGAGAAGUUCCUGCAGAAAUAUGAAUAAUGUGUAAAUAUAAGGAAACUUGAAAACACUCUAUUAUCAGAGUUAUUUCAAGUGAUGAGUGUGUCGUGAUGCUCUCUUUCUUUGUGGUGGAAAAGUCUUAAACACAUUUGUUCAAACUAGCUCUAUAUAAAGAAGGAAAAAAAUUGGUGUACUUCCUAAUGAACAGUGCAUUUUGUGUCCAUUUUGUCACUGCUUCAGGCAAUAUUCUUCUUUCAUUUUGUGCACAUUCUCAUGCUGAAUAAAUUCCUUGGAUAAUGUAUCAAACAGAAUUUUGAGAGUAGUUACAGAAAGUAUACACAACAGUAAACAAGAAAGAUAGGAUCCAGAGUAUGAAACUUUACAAUAGGGUAAGAAUUGGAAGCACAUUUUUGAGUAUUGUUCACAGAAGUUCAAAAAGAUGUACUCAAAAUUGACAGCAUUAUCUUGAAUUCUAAUUUAUCUUUAACAAUAUACUUUUUGCAUUAAGUCAAAUGUUACGUUUCAUAAUGUGCAACACAUCAGUGAAGAACAGUCUAGAAUUGCUCUGUUGUUAAAUUUGUGUAAUAUGCAUAUAGAUAGCAGAAUAAUUGUAACUUGUUACAGUGUCCCUUAGUCAUUUCAAAUUAUUGUGAAGAUUAUAUACAAUCAAGUCAGAGAGUUUUCCCGGCAAAGGAAAAAUUUUUGAGUGACAUAGUUUUUAAUAUUUUGCUUUACAUUUUUUAGAUGUGACUUUUUCCUAGCUGAUACUGUGAACAGUAUUAUUGGUGUAUUUUCUUUUCUCAUCCUUCAAGCUUCCUGUUUUUGUAUGAGACUGUUAGUCAUAUACCCAUUCUAUUGAAUCGCUUGGAAGUGGGUUUUAUUGACUGCUUGUAAAUGUUGUAGAUAUUCUACUGUCU